AUGAGCUGCGCGCGAAACUUGAUAGGAAUCCGUCGCGACGCCUUCCACCUCUCGCUCGAGGCUGAGAAUGCCGGCGGCCCUCUGAUGGAGAUGGGCGUCUGCUGCCUCCAGUAUAUCAAGGCGAGGCACCGCCACCCCCUGCCCCAGACAGCGUCGACGGUCAUUGUAGACUAUGCCAUCGGGCGCAAAGGCCGCUACUGGUCAGGCAGGAAGGACCACGCCGUUCUGGUCGGGUCCGUGUUGGACCGAUACCGCUUUUGCACAAGCUUCCGAGGAGAACCACCUGUGGGUUGUGGUUGA